AUUUAACUUCAAAACUUAACCCCAAUCCGCCACUUCUUUCUCUCUCUCUCUCUACUCCUUUGAUCAUCGCCGCACCCAAUCCAAUCCCUAAAUCCCCAAAUUGAAACAAUGGGAUUGAGCCGCCGCAAGCUCAAUCAGCUAAUGGUCGCCCCUCUCCCCCGCUGCUUCCACCGCUCCGCCGCCGUUAUCCGCCUCGUCAAAUCCGACGGCAUGGUCGCCAUCUACGACCGCCCCGUCACCGCCUCCGAGCUCAUGGAGGAGUUCCCCAAGCACAUGGUUUGCCGCUCCGACUGCUUCUACAUCGGGCAGGUAACCCCCGCCCUCUCCCACCACGACCGCCUCCUCCCCGGCCACAAUUACUUCCUCCUCCCGGCCAAUUUCUUCCAGUCCGCCCUCUCCUUCGCCACCUUCCUCCGAUGCCGCACCGCCGCCGCCGGCCGCCCUCCGUUCGAGCUCGAGAAGACCGCCGCGGGGGGGCUGCGGGUCAAGGUCACCGAGGAGAUGAUCGUGCAGCGCCAGAAGGAGAUGGAGGCGGAGGCGGAGGUGGCGCGCCGGAUCGUCAGAGUCUGCACGACGCCGCAGCUGCGCAAAGACUAUGAGAUGCUUGUGGGGCGGCGAUUGCAGUGGAAGCCCAAGCUUGACACCAUUUCCGAGCAGAAGGGCAGGAAGAUUUUGAGGAAGACUAAAUCGAAUGUCGUUUGAAUUCAUCAAAUUUUUAUUUUAGGGAAAUUUUGUUCAUGUUUAGGGAUAGCAAUUUUUUAGCAGGGAUUCAAUCGAUCCACACUUAAUUAGCUUUACAUAUUAUACAGUGGAAUAGAUGAUUAAUUACUUGUUUUGAAAUAA